AUGCCUGCUACAAAGUUCAAGUCGCCUUUCGCUCCCCCUACCCCAGUCGAAGCUUCAGGCCCUGUGCCUCAACCACGGCACAAUCCCAAUGCCCCCUAUGCUAUCCUCUUGCCUCGCCCUCCUAGGAAUCAUCCUCGAGUCAUCAAAGGCUGCGGAAAUAAAAGAUCUCCUGGUGACAUUGGUCUUGUGGAUGUGGUGAUUGAUCCUGUAUUAGGACAACAUCUCCGUCCCCACCAAAAAGAAGGUGUUCAAUUUCUUUAUGAGUGCGUUAUGCAGAUGAAGAACUUCCACGGUCAAGGAGCUAUCCUCGCUGACGAAAUGGGACUGGGGAAAACUCUCCAAACUAUUACUCUAAUCUGGACACUUCUCAAGCAGAGCCCAUAUUAUGGCGAGGAGUCAUGUGUUAUCAAGAAGGCCUUGAUAGUUUGCCCCGCAUCAUUAAUCAAGAAUUGGCAGAAAGAAUUCAAGAAAUGGCUGGGAAUCGAGAGGCUACGUGUUUUCGCUGUUGAUUCAAAGUCGACCAUGACCGACUUUACUUUGGGAAAAAUUUACCCUGUGAUGAUUAUUGGAUAUGAGAAGCUACGAACCGUGCAAGACGAGCUUGUGAAUACCAACUUUGAUAUUAUUGUUUGUGAUGAAGGUCAUAGACUUAAGACAUCCAACAUUAAGACUGCACAAGUCAUCCGCUCUUUUUCCACUAUGCGCAGAAUCAUUUUAAGUGGUACUCCAAUACAAAAUGACCUGGGAGAGCUAUUCUCGAUGAUAGACUUUGUGAAUCCUGGCCUAUUUGAGAAUUAUAGCUCAUUCAAGAGGGUCUUUGAGGACCCAAUUGUCAAGUCCCGGCAACCCGAUUGUUCUUCAUCGGAUGCCUUACUCGGACUAGAGAGGUAUCUCACUCGAUUGACAAAUCAGUUUAUUCUCCGACGCACAGCUCAAGUCAGCUACGAAUUCCUGCCUCGAAAGUCUGAAUUUGUCAUUUUUUGUCGACCGUCGCCAUUACAAUGUGCGAUGUAUCGUCAUAUUUUAGACUCUCCAUAUCUACAAAAUUGCUUCUCAAUGGAAAGUAGUCGCUAUCUUGCCUGCAUCACAGUGUUACGGAAACUGUGCAACUCUCCAAAGUUGGUACUUGAGCAAGCAAAGGUAAGUAAUAGGCAUGCCCUUUUUCAAGAUAAGAGCCGAAAACUGAGUUUCGUGGAAGCUCUACUGAAAUCAAUUAAGCGCAACACAACCGAACGUGUGGUGCUUGUGUCCAACUUCACGCAAACAUUGGACUUGCUCGAAGGGAUUUGUACCCGAUACCACUUUUCAUUUUUCCGCCUUGAUGGAUCAACCCCCACAUCAAAACGUCAAGAAUAUGUAGAUAAGUUCAAUGCCCCGAAUUGCCGGAAAUUCGUCUUUCUAUUAAGCGCAAAGUCUGGCGGUUUAGGGCUAAAUCUCAUCGGCGCCUCUAGAUUGAUUAUGUUCGAUAUUGACUGGAAUCCAAGUGUUGAUCUGCAGGCUAUGGCUCGUAUCUACCGGGAUGGCCAGACGCGUCCAGUUUACAUCUACCGCUUGUUGUCGUCUGGGACUAUCGAAGAAAAGAUAUACCAACGCCAACUUACCAAAGUUGGGCUUUGCGAUUCUCUGAUGGAUGGAAAGACUUCAGAAAAAUUGAACAAGUUCUCGAUCGAGGAGCUCAAGGACCUGUUUACGUUUCAUGAAGAUGAGCCAUGUUUAACCCACACUUUACUGGGCUGCGAUUGCCACACUGUAGCAUUUCCUCACUCACCAAAGUCCAAAGGAACUGGCCGUACACAGCAAGUGAGCAAAAAUGGUACCAUGAGCAAGACAUCGACAUCAUUUGCCAAGAAGGAACUUGAGGAAUGGACGCACUUGAAUAUAGAACUCUGUCGAAGCUUCGCUUUAGAAACAGAGGUUUUCAAUGACUCUGAAAUUCUAAUGGAUAUCAACAGAUACAUAAAUGGGCUUGCCGACAAAGACAAAAUCCUGUGGUUUAGCAUUUCAGAUGAUGAACGGGACGACACGAACAACAACAGAACUAUCGUAAAAGAUGAUGUGUGUCUAGAUUCAACUGUGGCAUUUGUGUUUCUACGAGUUUGGUAG